AUGGCGGCCGGGACCGAGGAAGACACCGAGCUGCGGGAUCUGCUGGUGCAGACGCUGGAGUCCAGCGGGGUGCUCAAUAAAAUCAAGGCGGAAUUGCGAGCAGCUGUAUUUUUAGCAUUAGAAGAGCAAGAAAAAGUAGAGAACAAAACACCUCUUGUAAAUGAAAGUUUGAAAAAGUUUUUAAACACAAAAGAUGGCCGAUUAGUGGCUGGUCUUGUCACUGAAUUCCUUCAGUUUUUCAAUCUUGAUUUUACCUUGGCUGUCUUUCAGCCUGAAUCAAGCACAUUAAAUGGGCUUGAGGCUCGAGAAAAUUUAGCUCGAGAUUUAGAAAUUAUAGAAGCAGAAGGUACAGUAGAUGGGCCCUUACUACUGGAAGUAGUCAGAAGAUGUCAGCAGAAGAAAGGAGUGUCUAAUAGUGGAGAAGUAGUUCCCGUAAUAUCUGGCACUGUACACUCCCCUCAAAAAUCAGAUGGAAGGCUUAACCUACCCCCAUUGCCAAGUAAGAUACCAAGGUAUAAAGGACAUCGUAAAAAGAAACAGUGCUUGGACACGGCUGAGCAGGUUACUGAAAACAGUCAAAGUCAAAGUUCCUCAUCUGGAGAAACACAGAGUGAAGGCAUCAUUCAUUUCCUACCUAAUGAAGCAAAAUUAGUUACUCAACCAACCAGAGACCUGGAUACCAAAGAAAAGAAUAGCCUAGCAGAAGAGGAAGAUGAUGCAGAAGAAGACCCUUUCUUUGAUGAUCCCAUACCAAAACCAGAGCAAACAUAUGGCUGGAAAAAUGACUCUAGCAAAGAAGGAAAUAUUGCAUCUCUUUCUGACGCACCACCCAUAAACAGUGGUCUUAAUUCCUUGAUUAGAGCAUCUCCGUUAAAGGAGCCUGACAAUGCAAACUCAGUUUUGAAAGAUGUAAAGAUGGUGAAUUCUAAACUUGGAUCACUUGAACUAGGGGAUGAAGAUGAAUACGCUGAUGACUUCAACAGUGCCAGCCAACGGUCAGAGAAAAGCGAAGCCAGUAUUGGUGAAGAAAUAGAAGAUAUUUCUGUGGAGUUAGAAGAGUUCAAUAUUAGUGAUAAACUUGAAGACCUCACACAAGACUUUACCAUUUCUCAGUUAAGUGGUGAUGCGGAUUAUCUGGAAGACGUUGCAUGAUUAGAGGACAGAGAUCUUAAUCUGUUGGAUUGAGAAUUUUUGUAGACUAUAUAAGACAAUCACUCUGCUGUAUUAUCCCCCUCCCAAAUUGUGCCUUGUGUUUCAAAGGAAUAAACAACGAAGCUGGAGAUGGGGGGCGAGCUUUUGAACUUGCAAGAAGUGAACAAAUAUUUAGUUUUGGAGUGUAGCUUCAAAGAUUGCUCUCUAGUUCUGUUAAACAUUUCAUGGAAGGUGAUGGAUUUCCCGUUGCAGGCAGCGGAUAUACCAAGAUGAUUUCUUCUACACAAAUUCAUAACGGAAAAUAUCUGCAAAGCAGAACAAUGGCAGUUCUGGCAUGUUGGUAUAGUAAACAUCUGGCUUUUGGCUGAAGAAAUGAAGAAAAUUCAACUUGCUCUUUUGUUGACCUUAUUAUAAUUGUCAGUUUCAAUAAUAAUUUUCUGUAAUAGCUGUUGAAAUAAUUGCAGCAGCCACUGAAUAUCAGCCAAGAUUUUCAAAACUAACUAGUUCAGAUGCCCAACCUGAAGCAUGUUAGAAGAUCUUGGUGUCUGAACUGUGAAUACCCAUAGUUUCUGGUAAGCUAGCACCUUGUUGCAACUUGGGUGCUUAGCUUUUGUGCAUCAAGAUCACUAGGUACUUCUGCAAAUUGGAAUAUGAGCCUUAACUCUAAACCUAUUUUUAUAUAUUUAAAUAUUUGUCACUCUAAGCUAGGUGCCUGUUUGUUAAUUUAAUGAAAUAUCUAAAUGGUUAUUAGCAUGGGGUUUUUUGAAACACGGCUUAAUACAGAAUAAAACUGUUCCAGAAGCAUUGCUUAAAGUUUUGGAACGUUCUGGGCUAA